AUGCACGUCUGCAAGCCCAUGCGCUCAUCAGUGGAACCACGCCGACGCUAUCACGUGAGAGGCCGCGGCCGCGACGCCAAUUCCGACGACACGUCGUUCUUGAUUGACCGCGCUUCAUGCAGCAGUCUCGAUGACGAUAACCAUCACUUCCAAGAGCUUUUCACGACACACCCAGAUCUCUGGGCUGGGCAGCGGACUUCAUCCCUUGGCGGCUUCAGCGUUGCACUUGUGGAAGGAGACGUUUGUUCCUCUGUGGUUGAUUGA